AUGUCAUGUGCUAUGUCUACCUGUGUAACGGAUUUAGAAAUCAUCAUGUCAUUCAGAUUGUACUAUUUUCUCUUACUUCUCCUGUUGUCAUCUGAGGGUCGUGAACGAAAAAUUCUUGAUGAUUAUUUAAAUACAUGUUUGGAUGGCAAGAAUCAUAAAUUGAGGCCAGGACCCGAGGGAACACUUUUCCAAAAGUGUGCUCCCUGGAACAAACGAUCAUGUUGCCAAAGAAAUGUUACAAAAAGUAUACACACUUCUGAUGUCUGGUUCAAUUUUAGUUGGCAUCAUUGCGCUCCUCUAUCACCGCAAUGUCAGUCUUAUUUCAUCCAAGACCUUUGUUUUUAUGAAUGUACUCCAAAUGGUGGACCCUGGAUUGUCCAGGACAGUGGAAUGAAAAUACGCAAAGAGAGAUAUUUUAAUCUUCCUCUUUGCUCAGAUGAAUGCAACAAAUGGUGGAACAGUUGUAAGAGUGACAGCACUUGCAUUGAGAAUUGGACCAGAGGCUUUGAUUGGUCAACAGGUACCAACAAGUGUCCAAAAAAUACUCAAUGCAAGAAAUUCAGUAAAAUAUACAAGUCAGCCAAAGACUUUUGUUCAAGGCGACAGCUCAGAGGUAGGCAGAUGGAACAGCGGUGUUCGAGGUCCAGUCGAUCCCCGGAUGUAAAGCGUCGGCGCUUAAGAAGAGAGAGGAUCGACGCGGACGGCGCUGGUGUAGUCUGUUCGUCCUUGGUAUGA